AUGGCACCACAAGAGCAGGACCGUCACACCUUCUAUGCGGGGAAGCCGCAACCGGACUCGGAAUCCCCAGGCACCUUCCAGUCCAUUGAUCCUUCAACGGCGAAGCCCGUCUGCACCAUUCACACCACCUCGCCGGCAUCCAUCAACGCCGCCGUGGACGCGGCCAAGGCUGCUUUCCCCUCGUGGUCCAGCACCCCGCCCAUCGAGCGCUCGCGUAUCCUGCUCAAGGCCGUUGCCCUGCUGAGGGAGCGGAACGACGAGCUGGCCAAGAUCGAGACCCUCGACACCGGCAAGGCCUUUUCCGAGACCCAAUACGUCGACGUCGUCACCGGCGCCGAUGUCCUUGAGUACUUCGCCAACCUCGUCGCCAGCGGCGGUCUCAACGGCGAGUCUUUCCGCCUGAGAUCCUCCGCCUGGGUUUACACCACCAAGGAGGCCCUCGGCGUCUGCGCAGGCAUUGGUGCCUGGAACUACCCCAUCCAGAUCGCCCUCUGGAAGUCCGCACCUUGCCUGGCAGCCGGUAACUGCAUGGUCUACAAGCCCAGCGAGUUCACUCCUCUUCACGCUCAGUACCUCGCCUCCAUCUACAAGGAGGCCGGUGUUCCUGAUGGUGUUUUCAACGUCGUCUACGGUGCCGGCGAGGUCGGCGCCGCGCUGACGACGCACCCUGACAUCGCCAAGGUGAGCUUCACCGGCCAAGUGAGCACCGGCAAGAAGGUUGCCGGCUCCGCGGCCGGCGGCAUGAAGUACGUUACCAUGGAGCUCGGCGGCAAGAGCCCCGUCAUCGUGCUCCCCGAUGCCGACGUCGAGCAGGCCGUAGACGGUGCCAUGCUAGCCAACUUUUACAGCUCAGGCCAGGUGUGCACCAACGGCACGCGCGUCUUCAUUCCCAAGGCCAUGAAGGCCGACUUUGAGCGUGUCAUCCUGGAGAAGAUGCAGUACGUCCGCGCGGGCGACCUCUUCGACCCGGCCACCAACUUCGGCCCCCUGAACAGCAAGGCCCACCUCGAGAAGGUGCAGAGCUACGUCCGCAAGGGCGUCAUGGAGGACAAGGCGACGCUGCUGGUCGGUGGCACCAGCCAGCCCAAGGGCCUGCCGUCCGCACUCAAGGACGGCCACUGGAUCCAGCCCUCCGUCUUCACUGACUGCACCGACGACAUGACCAUCGUCAAGGAGGAGAUUUUCGGCCCCGUCAUGUGCAUUCUGACGUACGACAACGUCGACGAGGCGGUUCGCCGCGCCAACACCACGGAGCUGGGUCUGGCGGCGGGCGUGUUCGGCAGAGAUGUCGACGCGUGCCACAAGGUCAUCUCUCAGCUCGAGGCCGGCAUCACGUGGGUUAACACGUGGGGCGAGUCGCCGGCCGAGAUGGCCGUUGGCGGAUGGAAGCAGAGCGGUGUCGGCGUGGAGAACGGACGCAAGGGUCUCGAUGCGUGGGUGCGGAACAAGAGCACCCUUGUCGAGAUGGGUGGAAGCGUACCGACGGUGUUCUCCAAGUUGUAA